UCUCCUAGUUUCACCUUUGCGUUUCCCAAAGAUCAUGAGUUUCAGGAGCAUGGAGGAAUUCUGGCUUUUUUACAUGAAACAACACUCGAAACCGGCGACAAGAAGAUGGCAUUUUGCCGGUACACUUUCUAGUAUCUUAUGCUUGAUUUAUGCAGUUUUGUUCAACUGGUGGUUCGUGUUCCUCGUGCCUUUGGUUGGUUAUGGAAUGGCUUGGUAUAGCCACUUUUACGUGGAAGGAAACAUUCCUGCGACUUUUGGUCAUCCGGUUUGGUCCCUUUUGUGCGAUUACAAGAUGUUUGGGUUAAUGCUCACCGGCCAGAUGGAUAAAGAAAUCAAAAGACUUGGCAUGUAACUCUACUGAUUUCUGUUUCAUAUACUUAAUUGUAAUGAUAACAUGUUUGGUCUGUUCAUCUGUUUGAAUAAUCUGUCUGUGAUAAAUCAAGUCAUUGUUCAAUCUUCACUAUACUUUGGAUGGGAUUGAACUUGCAAAUUUGCAAUUAGACUUCUUGAUUGGUACAACAUAAACUGACAAAUUCAUGUUGGUUAUUAAUGUGUCAACUUAUUUUAUUAAACUAUUAUUAAACUAUUA